AUGCUGAGCUUCUUCCGCCGCACGCUGGGCCGCCGCUCCAUGCGCAGGCAGGCGGAGCGCGAGCGCCUGCGGGAGGCGCAGCGAGCCGCCACGCACAUCCCCGCCGCGGGCGACGCCAGGGCCGUCAUCACGUGCCGCGUGGCGCUGCUCGACGGCACCGACGUCAGCGUGGAGCUGCCGAAAAAAGCCAAAGGCCAGCUCCUGUUUGAACAGAUCAUGUAUCAUCUGGACCUCAUAGAAAGUGACUACUUUGGAUUAAGGUUUAUGGAUUCUGCACAGGUGGCGCACUGGUUGGACAACACGAAAAGCAUUAAAAAGCAAGUUAAAAUCGGCCCACCGUACUGUCUGCAUUUUCGUGUCAAGUUUUACUCAUCGGAGCCCAACAAUCUACGGGAAGAGCUWACACGGUAUUUAUUUGUUCUGCAGCUAAAACUGGAUAUUCUUAGUGGAAAAUUGGAAUGUCCUUUUGACACAGCCGUCCAGUUGGCAGCUUAUAACAUGCAAGCUGAACUAGGAGACUAUGAUCCUGCUGAACAUGUCCCUGAACUGGUGUCCGAGUUCAGGUUCGUGCCCACUCAGACUGAAGAGAUGGAGCUAGCCAUUUUUGAGAAGUGGAAGGAAUGCAGGGGGCARACACCAGCGCAGGCUGAAACUAACUACUUAAACAAAGCUAAAUGGCUGGAAAUGUAUGGUGUAGACAUGCACAUAGUCAAGGCAAGGGAUGGCAAUGACUACAGCCUUGGAUUAACCCCUACCGGAGUUCUUGUCUUUGAAGGAGACACAAAGAUUGGUUUAUUUUUCUGGCCAAAGAUAACAAGGCUCGACUUCAAGAAGAACAAACUCACGCUGGUGGUUGUUGAAGAUGACGAGCAGGGAAAGGAGCAGGAGCACACUUUUGUUUUUAGGCUGGAYCAUCCCAAAGCCUGCAAACACUUGUGGAAAUGUGCAGUGGAACAUCACGCCUUCUUCCGGCUCCGAGGGCCCGUCCAGAAAGGCUCGAGUCGAUCUGGCUUCAUUCGGUUGGGAUCCCGGUUCCGAUACAGUGGGAAAACAGAAUAUCAAACCACCAAGACCAACAAGGCCAGAAGAUCUGCAUCCUUUGAAAGGAGGCCCAGCAAGAGAUACUCRAGACGAACACUGCAAAUGAAAGCACAUGUUACUAAACUUGAAGAAACAAGUAUUCCAAACAAUGCUGUUACUAACCAAAAUAAUGGAUCGCAACAAAGUUGGACUGCAAAGCCAAACUUACCUGUCCUAACAGCAGUUCCUUCUGCCCCUGUCUUAGUGGAAAUAGAAAACCUCCCAAGGAGCCCUGGAGCCAGCCAGCAAGACAAGAAGUGUGGACAUCUUGUUGACUUACUAGACAGCGAAGAGUUGCCAGAAACUUGUGUUGAUGAUGCCCUAGGCCAAACAGUUGCUGGCUUGACAGCAGGAGUUUCGGAAGAUGCUGCUGGUUGCCCUCAUCCUGGCACAAAGGAAACUGCUGUUGACAGAGUGGACCCUGACCCAUUUGAAGAUACACUCCUGAAACUGAAACAGCUGGAGGGCGAGCACAGCAGCCCCCUGGCAACUGCCCGUCCCAACAUCAACAUAAACGUGCAGGAUGAAGUGAUAAAGUUGACAGAUAAAUGUCUGAACAAUGCAAUUGAGAGCCCUAUACCAGUGGCAACGUGGCUUCCAGCAGACAUCAAAAGCAAUAUCCUGAAGGCCCAGGCAGAGACAGGAUACAAGGUCACAAGAGAAGACAGCUUGAGAGUUAUCAAGAACUCCAACGUUCAGGAUGCUGCUGUCAGGGGCAUCCCAGCAGGCAAAAACCAGAGCAGUCCUCCAACAACCAGCCCAGCAUUUCAAGAACCAAGAGAGCUGCUGAAAGCAGUCUCUGCCUCAAACACUGUCAUUCCGAAUGCAUUAAAUGAGGAUAAUGUUGCUUCUGACCAUGAAGAUUUGCUGAUUCCAGCUAAUCUGACUCCAUCUAAAGAAGCUGCUGUUUUAAAGAGCUCUCCAGAUGACCAGGACGUUUCAGUAACAUCACUGACAGAGAAUCUAAUUGACUUUACAGAAGCCACCCCGCGGGUGUCUUCCCAGCCCACGAUAACCCCGAGGUGGAUAGUGCCAACGGGAUUGAUUCAGAAUGGGCCCUUGGGAAUUGAUGCUGCCUUAGCUCUGAAGGCCAUGAAAGACAGCACGGAGGCUGUAUCAUCACCAGCUGGGUUGCCAGCAUCCCAGCAAACAGCUGAAGUCCUUGCAAGCCCAGUAACUGAGGAUGCUGCAACAAGAACGAAAUGUUUACUCACCACUGAACUGUAGAGGAAGGAGCUUCUGCACUUCCCACCUUGUGAAAACUCGAACCUUCUAACAUCUCCAAGGGAYGGACUUGCCUGGGAUCGAGCUCUUGCUGAACUGGGUAUCAAACAGCCAACUCUUUUGCAAGGAUUCAGGAAGAGACUUUCACAUUUUAUCGCGAUCCAACUGGAAUUACAACCUAAGCCAGAACAUGAAAGUUUCAUCUUCUCCCUCAGGAGAGAUGAAAUCAUACACUGGAGCUAGAUAUGGACAUAAGGAACAAAAUCUAGAUAUGUUCCAUUCAAAUUAGGCUUAGUCUUGCUUUUACCAUGUGCUGCUUCGUAAGUGUUAAUGGGAAGUGUUCACUGUGAUGUUAGCUGAGUAGUGUUUGAACACUGCAUCCCAGACCUUCAUGGAUUGAUAACAAGGUUAGGCGACCUUGUUAGGCCACCUUGUGGCCACACUGUGCAUGGUGGCUCACAGUAGUGAUGACCGUUUCCAGUAGCCAAGAUCACUUUCUUCUGUGAGACUAUUCCCACUGUUUAGUCUUUGUUUUACCAACACAUACCUGUCUUUUUGGCCUUAAAACCCUUUAUAAUCCUUGCGCCUCUUGUGACAAUAUCUGGAAAGAAUGAAAAUCUAGUCUGUGAGUGACCACCUACUUUCACUGGAUUUGAACCGCACUGUGCAACCAGGAAAAGGAAAACUAACCUGCCAAACAGCUUAUAGCAUUAGCAGAGUACAGCAGAGGUCCCACAUUUUGACCCUGCUGAUUUCAUUUCUUGUGUGACUCAAAUAUGUGCAUUUUAGUCUACAGUAUUGAAUUUUGAGUGUUAAAGCAGUGAAGUUGUGAGUACAACUUACUUCAGAGGCUGCUUGCUGGUUAAUUAUGUUGUCAUUUAGGGCUAGGAGGGAAAUGACUUUUCUUGUUUAUUUUCAUAUCAUUUCUAGGUAUUGUUUCCAGAUGUAGUGCUUUGGGAAUAUUUGUCAGGUGUGUUUAGCAGCACGAGGGUAAAACUAGAACAGUUCUUAACACCAUCUCAAAACCUGUUCCAGUUCUCUUCUGAUAGGUGUUUUUAUGGAACAAAGAGCGGAAAGAACAAGAUAAAAACAGGAAAAAGAGAUAAAAAGUUUCCAAAAGCAGUUUAGGCUCUGCAAYGCUAGGAAGGCAGGGCACUUGCAAGAGCAUUCUGCACAGUGCUGGUGAAGGCUUUUGGUGGCUGAGGUCAAUUUUAGGAUAGGAUAUGUAGAGUGUGAAGAGCUCUUUUGCACCCUGGGCAACAGGAUCCUGGUGUGGAAACAUAGGGAUGAUCCAGUGAACCUUGGGGAUGCAUCUUGUGAAAAUUAUCAAUGCAGAGCCAAAGGACAGGGAAAUGUAGAACUCAGCAAUGGAUCCCAUAUCUCCUGACAAGGAAGUGCAGAUUGAACAACUCUGGCUGUGCCUUCUUAGGAGGAGGCAUGUACAUAUGACUAGGGUUGGAGAGUCUUUUCUGCAUAGUGCUGCUGUUUAUAAAUAUUUAUAUCCACAUAUCUCUUGGAAACAGUUUUAAAUGUGAAAGUUAGUUCUCAAACCUGUAUGCACAACUUCAUUCCUGCACACGUGCUGUGUUCAUGUUUCUCAGUAGACAGAGAGUUGGACCAAACCACUGUGGGGUGUGUGAAUCUGCUGGUGUCCAGCUAGGCUGCUGCUUUCAGACCAGGGGCCUCUUGGACGUUUUUACUGCUGCUUUUGUGCUCUUGUUUGCAAGAUGUUGAAUGAGUGUUAAGGACAGAAACCACUCAGCAUUGACAUGGCCACUGCCACUCCUCCAAACCCCAGAGGCCUUAAUAGAGAACCAUAGAAACCACGGGGAGCUCUGAGGACUGGCAGGCCUGAGUGACUCUCUGCAGACAAGAUUUGCAGCCGGUGCCUCGYGGAGCAGGAGGCAGCACUGGUGACAGACAUUGAGGUUGCCCUGCUCGCCCGAAGCGAUGGUGACGGGCGCCCUCGCUGCUCGCAGCACCGCUGCCCACGGGGAGCUGCUCUUCUGCACCUGGGGGAGUCCC